AUGGCAACCAUUCAGUCAUCAUCUCUUCUUUUUUCUUCUUUUUCUUCUUCCUCUGCUUCAGAUAUUCCCAGAGACAUCAGAGCAGCUGCCUCAAAAUCCCGGGCAAGCCAUCUUUCAGUUUUGAAACUUCCUUCUGGAAACUUGGUUCAUGAACCGAGCAGGAAAAAUGGCUUCCAAACCAUAAAUUCUGGAGAAAUGAAGCCUCUUAUUAGGACUAAUAUGAGAAAUGAUGAAGCAAACUGUAACUCAAAGGUGGUUGAGGAGCUUUACGCUAUAAUGGAAGCUGUUGCGGACAGAUCAGAAAUGCACAAAAAUAUUGGCGUGCAGCGCGAUAAUUGGAACCGUCUUCUCCUCAACUCUGUAAAUGGGAUGACAGUCACAGCUGCAACAAUGGCUGGACUUGCAUUUCUGAGUGGUGGGGGUGCAACACUUUUGGCCUUGAAGCUCUCUUCCACCCUACUCUACACAGCGGCUACUGGAAUUUUGAUGGUGAUGAACAAUAUUCAGCCAUCUCAGCUUGCAGAAGAGCAAAGGAAUGCAGCUAGACUGUUUAAGAACCUUCACCAGCAAAUCAAGACUGUUGUUGCAGUUGGAAGCCCCAGUUUGAAUGAUGUGAACGCUGCAAUGGAGAAGGUGUUGGCGCUGGACAAGGCCUAUCCCCUUCCCUUGCUAGGGACGAUGCUCGAGAAGUUCCCAAAGACUGUGGAGCCUGCAGUGUGGUGGCCAAGAGAAGUGGGGUCUCAACAUGAGAAGGUGAGUGGGGGGGUGGAGAGAAAUGGGUGGAGUGAGAAGCUUGAGGAGGAGAUGAGGGAGGUUGUUGGGGUGCUGAAGAGGAAGGAUGCUGCAGAGUAUGUGAGGCUAAGCAAACUAGUAUUGAAAGUAAACAAAAUUCUAGCCAUAUGUGGCCCUCUUUUCACUGGCAUCGCCGCCAUGGGAUCGGCGAUGGUGGGAUCCUCACCUUGGAAUGGGUCGUGGGCUGUGGUGUUGGGUGUGGUGUUUGGAGCUCUGGCCACAGUGGUAAACACACUGGAGCAUGGUGGGCAGGUGGGUAUGGUGUUUGAGAUGUAUAGAAGCACUGCCGGGUACUUUCAACUCAUGGAAGAGACCAUAGAAUCAACUUUGAAGGAGAAAGAAGUAGGGGAAAGGGAAAAUGGAGAAUUAUUUGAAGUGAAAGUGGCUCUUCAGCUUGGAAGGAGCCUUCCUGGGCUUCAAAACCUAGCCACCACUCAUCCUCCUUCCCCUUCCAAUGAAUUUGCAAGCAAGCUCUUCUGA